UCAUAACUCUCUUCAAUCAUUUGUUGUGUAUGCAGUAUGCACCCAUUUUAAUCCUUUUGUAAUAAAGUUUGGAACAGUAGGUAUUCGAGGUGUACUAUUCAGUGUUGCCCUAGACACGUGGUACUCCCUCAUCCAGCCACCGUGCAGCCGUUAUCAUUAUCGUUUCCGCUCCAUCGCAGCAGACUGAACCGAAAUAGAGAGAGAGAAAAACAAACAAACGGAAGAGUAAGAGAAAGAGAGACAGAUCUAAGUAAGAGCAAAGAAAAUAAAACAACACUCUCUCUCAAUCUCAACCUUGAUGGACGGUGGACACGUGUGGAGUAGUGUGCCAACUUUUGGAAGCGACGGUUCUCCCAGCGGCGGCGACAGAAUACUCAACAACAUAAUGCUCCGGUUCCGCCCGAUCGCGCCGAAACCCGUCGCCGGAUCCUCCGCAUCCACCGCCGGUGAGUCUAGGGUGGACGCGUCAGUACUCCAAGGGAAGAGAACGAAAAGGAAGUACGUUCGGAUUCGGAGGAACAGUGGAUACGUCAGAAAGAACGGUAACAACAACAAAUCCUCUGAAAAAUCGGCGGAGAAAAAAGAUGAGUUGGAAAACAUGGCGGUUGUGACCCUGCAGUUGCUGCCGGAGAAGGACGCGCCGGAAAAUGAAAAUCCCUCGCCCGCCGCGGAGUCGUGGUGUAACAACGUCGAUCUCGACCUAACCGUCGAGAAGAUUCAGAUCCUGGAAGAUCCGGAACCUCCGCGCGUGGCCGCGGCGGCGAAGGUGGUGGAGUCGUGGGUGACGGUGGAGAGCGUGACAGGCACGUGCAUGGGUGGUGAGGGAGGAGGAGGAGGAGGGUUAGGGUGUACGGACGUUGAGAAAGUGAAGAGUCUGGAGACUGACACGUGUCCGGGGUUCGUGUCAGACGGUUGUUGCAGGGUGAGGUGGGUGAACGAAGCGUUCAAGAGGAUGGUGGAGAGUGAGGAGAUUGUGGUGUGGUUGAAAGUGAAGGAAGAGGUUAUUGCAUGGUGUUAUUCGCACCCGGCGUUCACCUGCGGGGUGAGGCUGCAGUACACGUGGCGGAACGAGAAGUGCACGAAGAUGGUGCCGUGUGAUGUUUGGAGAUUGGACUGUGGUGGGUUUGCAUGGAGGUUAGACGUGAAAACUGCGCUUAGUUUGGGUCUCUGAAUAAUCACAAAAAACAUACAUGAGACAUGACUAUACAUAUAUCUAUUCUAUAUAUCUAGCUCAAGUUCUAUGCAGGGUGGGUGGACAAGCACAAGCACAAGCUCAAGCACUCUGCACAGGAACGAACAUGGUUAGGUAUUAUUCCAGCUGUUAGAGUUUCUGCUACUGUUUCAAGAAAUUGUAAAAUAUCUAAAAAGGUACGGUGUGUGAGUGUUUUUUCAUAAUAGGUAAUUAAUCAGGUAAGGGAAGGAAGGAAGAAAGGUUUGGAAACUUGGUUGGGGAUGAUUGGUCCUUUCUUUUUGGAGAGUACUUGUAUUCUCUUGGGAGUUGGGAGCAAGGAAAAACUAAAAAGAAUUUUAAAGUAUAGGAGCUAUGUGGCAUGCAAAGUGCUCUACUGAAAAGUACUGCUACUCCAUGUCUGUAGAACUACGGGUAUUAAGUGUGUAACUGUGGUCGCUUCAAUGCUUUGGGAUUAAAAAAAUGGUGGUAAAUGUGUAUAGUUAUAUUAU